CAUAAUCUUUUAAAAAAAUUAUGAGGCCUCCUCCUAAUACCCCAAUACCUUUUUUUGCGCGUCUAUAUAUAUAUAUAAAACAAAAAACUAUUAUAAACAUAUUUAUAGCUUUUCCAUUAAUUAAAUUAUUGCAUCUUAGCUUUCUUAAGAAUUUAAUUCAUGGAAGUGCUAUAUUAUUUCUUAUAAAAUAAAAUAAUAAAUUUUCUCAUAUUAAUUUAUUUAUUUAUUUAAAUAAUAAGAUAUUAAAAAUAAUGUUAUAAAUUUAAAGUAUCUCAAAUUUGUAAUAAAUUUUAUUAACUAAAAAGUUUAUAGCUGAGUUUAAAAUAUUUUAGUAUGAAAGAUAAAUUUGAAAUUAAAAAUGUAGGAAAACAAAAAAAUAAAUAAAAAAAUUUAUGAGGAUUAUAUUAAAUGAAUGAAUAUUGAAGAAUGAAUUAAAAUUAAUGAUCUCAAAGUAAAAGGUUAAAAUAAUCAAUGAUUGGUCUAAUUAAUUAAUAUUGAGGGAACUAAAAAAAUAAAAGAAAAAGUAAAUUGAUUAAAGUCAUAAAAUUUAGGUAUUAGUUAAGAUUAAAGAAAUUAAUCAAUAAGUUAAAAAGAAUAGAUAAAAAAUAUAUUCUGAUAAAAAAAAGAAAUUUUAAAAGACAAAAAAGUCCACCUUUUGUAUGAAUAAUAUUUAUUAACCAACUUUAAUAAAUGGAUAGUACUAUCAUCCAAAUCCAAAUUAAGAUUCAAAAACAUAAAUGUCUUCCCAAAAUUCUUCAAAUAAAAAUUAAGAGUUAUCUGAUAGGUCUUUAAGGGAAGUAUUUAUUUAGGUAUUAAAAUAUAGCUCUGAUUCCCGCGAUAAAGAACAAACAAGAAAGCACAACUCUAGUAUGAGAAAUAAUAAUUAAGCAAUUUUAAUAGAGGGAGAGGGACGUUACUUACAUCCAAAUUAAGAUCUAUUAACAAUAAUAUCUUCCAAAUUUUCAUCAAAUAAAAUUUAAGAGUCAUCUGAAAGAAGGGAAAUAACCAUUUAGUUAUAAAAAUUUAGCUCUGAUUGUCGUGAUAAAGAACAAAUAUUUUAAAGUUCAUCAUGUGAUUAAAAAUAAAUACCUGCUGAAUUAACUGAAUAAAUAUCAAAUUAAUGUUCUUCUCCUCGUUUCAGCUAUGAACUAUAACUUCAUGAACUUAAAUCUAAUCUUUCAUAUUCUUAAGUUUAGAAUAAAAACUUUUAAUAAGUUUCAUAAGAUGAAUGUAUAGAAUUAGAAAACAAAUUUAAAUAAUUUAAAUAAGAUAUUAUUAAAAAACUAAAUAAUUAUGCUUUAGGUUCUUAAAUUGGAAAAGGAGGUGAAUCCUUAAUUUAUGAAGAUUAAAAUAAUCAAGAAUAAAUAAUAAAAAUAAUUUUUUCAUCAACAAAUGAGUUAAUUGAAAAUCAAAAGAAAAUAUUUGCCAAAUUAAUAAAUUUUAAAAAAUUUAUAUAAUUGGUUGAACACAUAAAAAUAGAUGACAAUUUACAUAUAUUUAUCCAUAAAAAAUAUUAAUAAAGUUUGUGGUAAGAGUUAUUACAAUUUAACUAAAAUGAAAAUAAAUUUACAGAUGAAAAAUUUAUAAAGAUAAUUUUUGAUCUAAUCCAAGGAUUAAUAGAUUUGAAAAUUAAAGAAAUUUUGCAUCUAGAUAUAAAACCUGAUAACAUUUUAAUUGAUGAUAGAGGAAACUAUAUUUAUAUCGAUUUUGGAAUUUCUUAAAUUUAUGAGAAUGGCAAAAAUAUGGUAGUAAGAGGUAUUUCAGAUAAAUAUUCAUCAUAUGAAUAGAAAAAUGAUACAAAUAAUAUAAGUUAUAAAUCUGAUGUUUAUUCAUUAGGAAGAACUCUCUAAUAAGUUAUAGAAAAAUUUGAAUAUCUUAAUCCCUAAAGUUAAAUCAAAGAAUUUGUAUAAAAAUUUAUCAAAAAUAUUGUUAAUAAUUAAAUGGUCAAAGAAGCAAUUCAUUAAAGAUCUGAUUGUUAGUUAAUUCAUUAUCUAUUCAGUGAAUAGUUAUUGAAUAUUUAAGAUAAAUUAGAUCGUACUUUUAUUAAGGAAAUAGGAUUUGAAAUUAAUCGCUAUCUCAAUUUAUAAUAAACAGAGAUAGUAAUUUAACCAAAUGUUAAAAGAUAAAUAGAAUUAUUGAGUAUUAUUGAUGUUUUCUUUUUUUACUUGAACUUUAAUAAAAACAUUGAAAUAGAUGGAUUUGCUAAUAUAAUCAAAGAAAUAUAAUUAAAUAGUGAAUAGCCUACUGAAUUAAUUAUUUAUUGGGAAAAAAACAUAAUUAAAGAAGAUAUUGUAGAUGACUUUGAGAAAUUCAUUUAAAAAUUCACAUAAAUAAAAAUAUAUUUUAACGAGGCAGAAUUAUACAUAGAAAAUAAAGAAGGUUUUAAAAACACUUACUAGUAUCUAAAUCAGCUUAAAAAUGGUGAUUAAUUUAAUCAAAAUUUGAGCCUCGAAAUAUUGACAAAAAAAAGAGCAGAUAAUUUUGAACACAAAAUGAAAAAUAGCUCAAAUUUUGCUUAUUUGUAUCUUCAAUUAAGCGAAGAUGAAGAAUAUUAAAAGAAAACUAACAUUUUUUUAGAAAAAUUUAAAAACGUAAGUCAUCUUAAUCUAAAUUUAUUCUUCAAUAAAAUUGAUGUUAAUAAAGUACUCACCUUAACAUAAUCAUUAAAGAAGUGUCAAUAUUUAACUCAAUUAAAUUUGAAUUUGAAUAACAAUUAAAUUUGCUCUGAAGGUAUAUAAUAACUAGCAAGUUUUAUAGAAAUGAACAAAAGUAUAACUAAAUUAGAUCUACAUUUAUUCUCAAAUUAAGUAGGAGAAAGAGGAGUAAUAUAUUUAAAUGAAGCUUUAAAAAGAAGUGAAAAUAUUGCUGAAUUGAAUCUAGAUUUAUCUUUUAAUAGAAGAGCUAAAUAAGCAGGAAUAAGUAUAGGAUAAGGUCUAUAAAAAUAUAAAAAUAUUGUUAAGCUGACUCUCAAUUUUCAUAAAAUUGAAAUUGGGUAUGAAGGAAUAUGGUAUUUAGCAAAUGGUUUAAUAAACUGUUAAAAUAUUACUCAACUAAAUUUAAAUAUAAGUUGUUGUGGUCUUAAAAAAGAAAACUCUAAGGACGCAAUCGUUACUCUAUUUUAAGGUCUAUUAAAGUGUCAAAAAAUGACUCACUUAAUUCUAAAUUUAUCUUUAAAUAAAAUUCGUGAUGAAGAUUUUGUAAAUGAAGAACUAAAUGUUGAAUAAAAUAAAAAACUUACUUAUUUAAAUCUAGAAUAUUGUAGUGGUAAUGUUGGGCCUUUUGGAUUAAAAUAUAUUGCAAAAUUUAUUGAAAAAUAUGAUAAACUUCAAUAACUCGAUCUAGCUUUUAGAAAUAAUGAGAUAAAUGAUGAUGGGAUUUAGUUUUUAGGAAGUGUUGUAGAAAAUUGUUAAAAUAUUUCUAAAUUAAGUCUAAAUUUAAAUGACAAUAAUCGAAUUACAAAAUAUCGAGCAUAGAAAAUACAAUAUUCUUUAGAAAAUUGCUAAAGAAUUACUUAAUUGAAGUUAGAGUUUUGAAGGAGUAAAUAACUUAUUAAAUGUUUUAGAUAGCAAUAAAUUUAUAUCCAAGUUAGAUCUUGAUAUAGGCAUAUCAGUGAAGUAUUGGAGUAGUAAAAGAUGCAUUCUACUCUUUGAAUUAUUUCAAAGAAUAUUUCCUUUGAAUUAAAUUUUAGAUAAAAUAAAAUCAGUUCUGACAAAAUGAAAAACAAAUUUUAUUAUUUAUAUUAAAAAAUGUAUAACUUUAAUCUUCAUAUUUCUAUUGCUAAAAAAUAUUAAAUAGUUUAUUUCGUCAUUUAUAUAUUGUAUAACAUAGUAAAGUUAAUAAUAGAUUCUUCUUUCAUUUAAUCUUAUUAGCAGA